CUCUCUUAUAGUCUUCCCGCUGCUGUAUAAUAAGCCUGACACAAACUGACGAGACCGCUUUUUCCGUGCACAUAAAAGGCAGCAGCGGAGCAGCAAAGCAGCUGUUAUUUCUUAUUUAUAUGACAUCACAUUCAGGAAAUAAAGGCUGCAGGAUGAACUUGAAGAACCUGAGGGAGUACCUAGCCUGGCUGUACUACCAGUACCUGCUCAUUACCGGCAUCUACGUGCUGGAGCCUUGGGAAAAGUCCAUAUUCAACUCGGUGUUAGUCUCUGCCGUCGCUAUGGUGAUCUACACCUCCUAUGUCUUUGUCCCCAUCCAUGUGCGCCUAGCUCUGGAAUUCUUUUCGGGCAUCUGCGGCGGGCAGCCAGAGAGCACCAUGACCCUAAUGAACUAAAUGGGGUUCGACUCAACUCAACCCCCGCCCCCCCUUCUGGACACCAUAUCCUCCCUAUCUGUUAAUUGCAUGCGUUUGUAAGCAUGACUUGCAGAGGUGCUCUUAAUUCUCAUCUAGUUUAAGGCAAAGCUACAACUCAGCUCAACAUGACACAGGUAUUGAAACAGGGGAUGAGAACAUUUCAGGGAAGAUCAAACCAUCCAUUUUUCCUGUCAUGGGUGAGGAAAUCUGACCCUCAAACCAAAGCAAUGUCCAUUCCUUGAAGAUGACAGAACAAAAACAAACCUUACGACCGAGAAAACUUUCACUUUGCUAUCCCGCCCUUGCUGUGAACCGUUCAUGUCCGCCACCACAAGCCUUGUGUGAGUGCAUAGAUUUUGCAUGACAGGGCCCUUCACCAGGAUUGAUUUCCAUACUGGUCUCACUCCAAAAUCACUACCAGGCCAACUGAUACAAAGCCGUUCUUCCAUUUACUUUAUAUCAGAAACACUAUCGCUAUAUAUUCCUGUUUGGUUUUUAAAAUGUUAUUCCAGCACAGUAAAGCUAUGCAAUGAAUCCUCACAAAAGUCACAAAUGUUGCGCUUAUGAUAAGACCGGUUAAGGAAAGCAGGAAAAAGAAUCUACCGCAAUGAUGGCACUGAUGUGUGCCGAGCCCUGCCUCCGUCCUCCUGUAGUGUUUUAACUGCCGGUAUGCCGGGAAGGUGCGCUGGGCACUGAGCAUGAGCAAAUAUUGACUCAGCACACCCCUUUUUUUUUUUUUUUUUAGACUUAGGUGUUUGCUUUGAUAAGGCUUUACUUUAUUUGCAAUGAAAACAUUGUUUUGUGAGCACGUACUAAACCUUAAAGUGGCCUGAAUGACUAGCAAAGCCUAUAGUUGAUCUAUAGACAACAAACACGCCGCGUAGACUUAGAAGCCAUAGAAGCAGUUCAUCUGUUUGAUGUGAUGAGUGUUGCUUGCUCCUUUUGGAUUGAGGGCUUGAUUUCUAUGUUAUUUAUACAAAGUUCUAUAUUUUUAUCCACUGGUAAAUGCUUGGCUGGUUUCAAUGUCAGUUACCAAACUUGUUUUUUUUGUUGUUGUUGUUAUUUAUAUCUAUUUUCUCUUGUGGCCAUAAAACACACUCCAAUUUUCAUCCACAACUUUUACAUUUAGCUUUGUUACACAUGAUCAUAUUAUAAAUAAAGAGGCCGAAAGACAGAAGAUGUAUUUUUUUUUCAACUCGGACAUCAAAAUUCACACAAAACAGACAGGACUGGCACUCUCGCGAGUUCA